GCGGCGGCGGCGGGAGCGGAGGGCGGCGGCGGCGGCAUGGCUGGCCGGCGGGUGAACGUGAACGUGGGCGUGCUGGGCCACAUCGACAGCGGCAAGACGGCUCUGGCGCGGGCGCUGAGCACCACGGCCUCCACCGCCGCCUUCGACAAGCAGCCGCAGAGCCGCGAGCGCGGCAUCACGCUCGACCUGGGCUUCUCGUGCUUCUCGGUGCCGCUGCCCGCGCGCCUGCGGCCGGCGCUGCCCGCGCCCCCGGCGGCGUCCGGGGCCGAGCCCGAGCCCGAGCCCGAGCCCGGCGAGCCGCAGCUGCAGGUCACGCUGGUCGACUGCCCCGGGCACGCCUCCCUCAUCCGGACCAUCAUUGGCGGGGCCCAGAUCAUUGAUCUGAUGAUGUUGGUCAUCGAUGUGACCAAAGGGAUGCAGACCCAGUCAGCCGAGUGCCUUGUAAUUGGGCAGAUUGCCUGCCAGAAGCUGGUCGUGGUGCUGAACAAAAUAGACCUCUUAGCUGAAGGAAAGAGACAGGCAGUGAUUGAUAAGAUGACCAAGAAAAUGCAGAAGACCCUGGAGAACACCAAGUUCCGAGGUGCACCAAUUAUACCUGUGGCGGCCAAGCCUGGGGGACCAGAGGCCCCUGAAACAGAAGCUCCACAGGGCAUCUCAGAGCUCAUUGAGCUCCUGACGUCCCAGAUAUCCAUCCCAACGAGAGACCCCUCAGGACCGCUCCUCAUGUCUGUGGACCACUGUUUCUCCAUCAAAGGCCAAGGAACUGUGAUGACAGGGACCAUCCUCUCAGGUUCCAUCAGCCUUGGUGACAGUGUGGAGAUUCCUGCCCUCAAGAAGUGUUUGGUGCCAGAAAGAGAGGAGGGACAAGAGGAAGAGACAUGGGACCCACCGUCCCCUCUGGGAGCCGAGCUCAAAGAACAGACCUGCCUGGUGGUCCCACACAGGGCCGCCUCCCCGCUCUGCCACCUGCCUUCUCUGCCUCCAUUCCUAACUGCACCCCACCAGAGAACUGAGUCCCUUGGAGAGGCUUGGAAGGCUCCUACCCCUGGGUUGUCUGGAACCUCCCAACUCCUAGCUAGCCUCGGAGCCAGCCCUGCUCCCACAGCACAGGUGGUGAAGAAGGUGAAGUCCAUGCAGAUGUUUCACAUGCCUGUCAUGUCAGCCAUGCAGGGAGACCGGCUGGGCAUCUGCGUCACUCAAUUUGACCCCAAGCUGCUGGAGCGUGGCCUGGUGUGUGCUCCGGAGUCCCUGCACACUGUCCACGCGGCCAUCAUCUCUGUGGAGAAGAUCCAAUAUUUCCGAGGGCCCCUGCAGACCAAAGCCAAGUUCCACAUCACAGUGGGCCAUGAGACAGUCAUGGGCCGGUUGAUGUUCUUCAGCCCUGCCCCUGAUAACUUUGACCACGAGCCUGUGCUGGACUCCUUCGACUUCUCUCAAGAAUACCUCUUCCAGGAGCAGUAUCUAGAUAAGGAUUUGGCACCAGCAGUGACAGACAGUGGUGAGGCAGACAAGAAGACGGGCCAGGCCACAGAAAGCCGCUGUCCUCGGCAGCAGUGGGCCCUCGUGGAGUUUGAGAAGCCUGUCACCUGCCCUCGGCUGUGCCUGGUGAUUGGCUCCAGGCUAGAUGCAGACAUUCAUGCCAACACGUGCCGUCUUGCCUUCCACGGCGUCCUGCUCCAUGGGCUGGAGGGCAAGGACUAUGCCGAGAGCUUCUUGCCCAGGCUGAACGUGUAUAAGCUCAAGCACAAACAUGGCCUUGUAGAGCGGGUGAUGGAUGACCACAGCGUGAUCGGCCGUUCCCUGUUCAAAAAGGAGACCAACAUCCAGCUCUUCGUGGGCCUCAAGGUACACCUGUCCACUGGGGAGCUGGGGAUCAUUGACAGCGCCUUCGGCCAGAGUGGCAAGUUCAAGAUCCACAUCCCUGACCCCUUCUCUGCCAUUGUGGCCACUCUCAGCAUCUGUCAAGGCAUGGCCAAGUUCCGGCAGUCCCCCGAUGGAACCCAGAACAUAGAGACACGUGAGGUGUUCAUCCCUGGAAGUCUCUGGAGACAAGUUCCUCACCUAGCCCAGUCCACAUUGCCCCAGCCUGGGAGGUGCCAGGUGGCCUCGGCCCCGAGUCCAAGAGGAUCCUGACGCCCACCCUCAAGAAGCGGGGCCGAGCUGGCCGAGGGGAAGCAGCCAAGCAGGAGGAGGUGGCCGAGCGGCCCGAGCCUGCACAACACGUGGCCCUCAGCCUGUCUUUCAAGCGUUAUGUCUUUGACACCCACAAGCGCAUGGUCCAGUCUCCCUGAGUGUCCCAGUGACCUCCCCCAGGACCCCUUGCCCAGGCCCCAGAUGUGCCUCGACCUCUUGCAGUAUGUCCCUCCCCAUGACCCUGCAGACGCAGGCUCCCAGGCCUGGCAAGGAGCCCGGGGCUACAGUGGGAGCGGCACCAGUGCCGGCACCCUCCCACGGGCUGGUGGCCAAUGUUUCCAGCCACUGAGCUGGCAGCCCUAUGAGGGCCCAUCCACACCGUGCCCCAGGUGGCCUGGCACUUCCCAGCUGUAAAUAAAUGUCCCAUGGUGCCGGC